GAUUUCUCAAAUUGUAAAAGCCUGAAAGCUCUUCCUCAUGUUCCUCUCUCUCCCAAUGGAAAAUCUCUCUGCACUUGUUCUUGUCUCUGUUCUCCUUUUGGUGCCACCAGCAAUUGCUGCAAGAACCAAAGAUGGAUCAGAGGACUGGGGCUAUGUUGAAGUCAGACCCAAAGCGCACAUGUUUUGGUGGCUUUAUAGAAGUCCUUACAGAGUUGAGGAUCCCUCAAAGCCAUGGCCGAUCAUUCUCUGGCUGCAAGGUGGACCUGGAGCUUCAGGAGUUGGGAUUGGGAACUUUGAAGAGGUUGGGCCAUUGGACACCUAUUUGAAGCCAAGGAAUUCAACAUGGUUGCACAAAGCUGAUCUCUUAUUUGUGGAUAACCCAGUCGGAACUGGAUUCAGUUUUGUGGAGGACAACUCUCUGUUUGUGAAAACUGAUGUGGAGGCAGCCACUGAUUUGACAACAUUACUGAAAGAGAUAUUCAACAAGAAUGAGAGCCUCCAAAAGAGUCCUCUGUUCAUUGUGGCAGAGUCUUAUGGAGGUAAAUUUGCAGCGACUCUUGGACUUUCAGCUCUAGAAGCCAUAGAGCAAGGAAAACUAAAACUUAAACUUGGAGGUGUUGCAUUGGGAGACAGUUGGAUAUCCCCGGAAGAUUUUGUGCUUUCAUGGGGUCCUCUUCUCAAAGACGUUUCAAGGAUUGAUGAUAAUGGCUUGGAGAAAGCAAACAGUUUGGCUCAGCUGAUCAAGCAGCAGAUUAAGGAUGGGAAAUUAGAAGAUGCAACUAAUACAUGGAGUGAUCUUGAGAGCAUCAUCUCCUCCGCGAGUAACGACGUGGAUUUUUAUAAUUUCCUAUUAGAUUCAGGAAUGGACCCAGUGUCUGCUAUAACAGCCAGUGAAAUAUCAGAACAAAAUGUUGCACUUAAGAGAUACACUAGAUAUCUAAAUUCCCUAAGGCAUUCCUCAUUAGCACCAGGUGGUAAUGGAGAUCUUGACACUUUGAUGAAUGGUGCCAUUAAAAGGAAGCUUAAGAUUAUCCCAAACAAUGUAACUUGGGGCGGGCAGUCCGGUUAUGUCUUCAACGUAAUGGCCGGAGACUUCAUGAGACCUAGAAUCGAUGAGGUUGAUCAACUCCUUGCCAAAGGGGUCAAUGUCACAAUAUACAAUGGACAAGUUGAUCUUAUAUGCGCAACCAAGGGGACUGAAUCAUGGGUUGAAAAGCUCAAAUGGGAUGGACUCCAACAAUUUCUGACCAAGAGUAGAACCCCUCUCUACUGUGGAAGUGAUAGAUUUACCAGAGGAUUCACCAGGUCGCACAAAAACCUUCACUUCUAUUGGAUUCUUGGAGCAGGACACUUUGUACCUGUGGAUCAGCCCUGCAUUGCUUUGAAUAUGGUAGAUGACAUAACCCAGUCACCAGCUGCUGCUACUGUUUCUUCUGUUUCUCGACAUAGAAAAAUAUAACAAAGACGACCAUGCAUAUUAUUUACUACAUGACACAACGUAGCAGAGGGCAACAAUAAGCAAACAAACACAGAAAUAUGAAGAAGAAGAAGAAGAAGAAGGUACACAGAGGGACAGGGACAGAGUCAACAAGCAUAAGUAAUAACGACGUGUCGCACACACAACACGAGCAAUGAUACAAUAAUAUUGGGAGAAAAGCAACCUAACCUGCAAU